AUGGAUCUUGAUUGGCCAGCUUUUCUCAUGGAUUACGAGUGGCUGAUCGAGUUCCUGAAAGGUAUGGUGAAGCCUGCGGCGGCGCUCGCCGUUGUGCUUCUUGCGGUGGCUCUCUCCUACUCUCAGAACCUUUCUCUGGAAGGAGAGAUGAUCUACUCUGUUUUCCGAUCGUUUCUUCAGCUCUCCAUUAUCGGAUUCGUUCUUCAGUUCAUCUUCAACCAAGAGAACGCCGCCUGGAUCAUCCUCGCUUAUCUCUUCAUGGUAUCUAUCGCCGGUUACACCGCCGGACAACGUGCGAAGAACGUGCCACGUGGAAAGUACGUGGCCGGAGCAUCUAUCCUGACCGGAACUUCAAUCACAAUGUUCCUGCUCGUCGUCCUCAACGUAUUUCCCUUCACUCCGAGGUAUAUGAUUCCGAUAGCCGGAAUGGUGGUCGGAAACGCCAUGACGGUCGUCGGCGUUACCAUGAAACAGCUUCGAGAUGACAUCAAGAUGCAACUAAACCUGGUGGAGACGGCAUUGGCACUAGGAGCAACACCAAGACAAGCGACGUUGCAGCAGGUGAAGAGAGCUCUGGUGAUAUCUCUGUCUCCGGUUUUGGAUAGCUGCAAAACCGUCGGUUUGAUCUCUUUACCGGGAGCGAUGACCGGUAUGAUUAUGGGCGGUGCGUCUCCUAUUGAAGCUAUUCAGCUUCAGAUCGUAGUCAUGAACAUGAUGGUUGGUGCAGCCACUGUUAGUAGCAUCCUCUGUACGUAUCUUUGUUGGCCUUCUUUCUUCACUAAAGCUUACCAGUUACAAACUCAUGUCUUCUCCGCAAACUGA